AUGAGGGAGAUGGAGAGAGAGGAAAGGCUGUGUUUCGGGAAGAUAUUAGGCGGAGAUCCCACCGGCUCCGGCACCGGUAAAUUCCCACGGCCUCCUCUGAUUAUGUCUUUGGGUCAGUUCUUUUUCACUUUGGAUAAGUGUGAUUGGCUUGAUAAGAAGCACACUAUCUUCGGAAAGGUAACGGGUGAUUCAAUCUUCAAUGUUCUAAGACUAGGAGAGGUUGAUACGGCUAUGGACGAUCGUCCCCUCGAUCCUGCCCCCAAAAAUAUUAUCUGUUGA